GGGCUGUUUCAAGGAGUACUUCAUUCAUAAAUUCAGAGCCAUGCUGGGCAAAAACAGGAUAAUUUUCCCUGGAGAGAAGGUGCUGCUGGCGGUAUCUGGAGGUCCUUCUUCCUGCUCAAUGCUCAGUCAAGUCCAAGAGGGUUUAAGUCAGAACGCUCACAAGAAGUUGAGAUUCUUACCUGGCAUUGUCUACAUUGAUGAGGGUAGCGCUGUAGGUCAGUCUGUGGAGGAGAGACGGAAGACGGCAGAUGAGCUGCAGGCUGUGUUCAAAGCAACUGGUUUCCCCUUCCACAUCGUGCCUCUGGAACAGGUUCUGGACCUUCCCAGUUCAGUUGUGGUGAUGGCCCGAUCGCCUGCAGAGCGGCCAGCCAGCGCCUACAAAGCCGCUGUGGACCAUUUCAUCCAGAGGGACAGCAGCAACUGUUUGACACAGAGGGAAGUGGAGGAAACAUCACUUCCUGACGUCCAGGAGUCCCACACACAGUCACUGCAGCAGCUGAUUGGCUCUGCUAAGACACUGACGGCCAGAGAGGACCUGCUAAACACACUAAGGCAGCAUGUGCUGGUGCACACAGCUCGUUCUGAAGGCUACAGUAAAGUGAUGCUGGGGGACAACUGCACCAGACUGGCUGUCAAACUGCUCACCAGUAUAUCUCUGGGCAGAGGAGCACAGCUGGCUCAGGACACGGGUUUCUCAGACUCCAGGUAUGGUGACAUAAUAUUGGUGAGACCAAUGAGGGACUACUCGGCUAAAGAAAUAGCCUACUACAACCACAUGUUCAACGUGCCCUCUGUUUUCAUCCCAAGCCUGGAAACUAAGACAACAGACAAAGCUAGUAUCCAGCGUCUGACUGAGAGCUUUGUCACUAAACUGCAGGCGGACUUCCCCUCUACUGUUAGCACCAUCUACAGGACCAGUGAGAAGCUGCAGACAGCAUGUAAGAGCUCUUCAACAGCUGGCCACUGUGGCAGGUGUCUGCUCUGCAUGUGUGCCCUGGAUACUGCUGCAGAGGAUGCUUCAGCCUUCAAGGCCACACUGAUCUCAGAGCAGCUCUCCCAGACUAAAUCUCCACGAGCUACCAGUACUGAGAUCCCGAGACAAAACCCAGCUCCAGUGGAGCCAGAACCAACUGCUGCACAGUGCUGUUCCUCUGGAGGAGGAGAGGAUUGUGGGAGAGCAGCAAAUGGUGGAGGCUGCUGUUCUUCUGCCAAGGUACCAGAGACAACCCAUCUGAAGAGCCUGCUGUGUUACAGCUGUCAGCUGACCAUCAAAGACAUGUCUUCAGUGGAACUGCUCCCGCUGUACAUCCUGUCCGAGGCUCAGAGGAGGCAGAGAAGGUCUCAGAUGAGAGAGGAGAUCAGUGAGUUCCUGCUGGAUGGUGGUGAUGAAGGUGUCUAGAGAAAGGAGGCUGAAGCAGCUCCAGCAGUCCACUCUGGAAAAAAAUACACCACAAGGACUUUUAAAUGUAAAUGCUUAACAAAUGUAUUGAGGGAAGUUUUACCAAACCAGCCUUACAUUAUCUAUAUGCCGUUACACCUCCUGCAAACAGAACAGAUUAAAGUAUUUUAUUUUUAUAUGUAAAGUUGUCCUCAUCCAUUCAUUAUCUGUCAUCAAAGCUGGUAAACAGUGACCUUUAACAUCCCUGCCCUUGCUGGCGUUUCCAGAGAAACAGAACUAGUGAAGCAGAUCACAGAUCAGUUUGAGCUUUGUACUUGUUAUUACUGUUAUAAUAAACUUUAUUUAAAGCUGCUUUCAACAAUGAUGUGUAUGCACAAAAACCAUGUGUACGUCUUUACCCACACAUAAACUGGUAUUCAGAAAAGAAUAUUGUGUGGGGAGAAUGUGUGCCCCUCCUGCAUACUGCAGGUGAAAUGAUGAGGUAGACGUGGGGAUGCAUGAUAAUCAUUGGGACAGCUAAAUUAUAAUAUAAGUGGGAAAUAAUGGGGACAGAGCUGACGUAUGAAGAGCACUCACACAUCGGCUUCAAUCAGCCAUGAAAGACCUUCUGAUACCCACUGGCCCCCGACUACUUUCAGCUGUCCCAGACUAAACAACCACUGUCCCAGUUUUUCACUCUACAUAAUAAAUAUAGUUUAAAACCUGUUUAACUAACUCAUUUCUUCAUUGACUGACUCUGGUCCACCAUGGAACUUCUGCUGGCUGUUCUCUUCACUUAAAGCUCAAUAAAAAUUAUUCCUUUAGU